CAGCAACACAGGAAGAAAAUGCUGCAUCUCAGGAAAAUUAGGUUGUACGCAGAUGUAGAAAAUGUAAAGCUCCGCGUAAAGGACAUCCACGGGACAUAUGCCUAGAUCCUGCUUCUUGAAAGCUUUUAUUCGGCAGUGGUCAGAUCUUGCUUGCAGCCUGUCUGAAUUGCAGAGAUAAGACACCUCCUUCCCUCCACUAGUCUGGGGGUCACCUUGGGCAAGUGAUAGUACCCUCUUAGCCUCGCAAGCCUUGGGAACAGGCUUAAUUGUUGGAACUAUUCAUGUCUUAUCCAAUUAUUCAACAUUCUAAAGAUUGUAUUGGGAUAGUAGGUGAUACUGACAUUUUGCUAUUUUGUUUUUAAAGUAAAUAGAUUAUAAGUUUCUAGUUGUUACUGUUUUCAGAUUGCUGUAUGGUUUGGUGUUUGCUCUGGAUAUCAUAAUUAUGGCUUAUUCAACAAUUAAGGUGAUGUUAUAACGGGCGACCAAAGAAGAGGAACAAAGGACGACCAAAGGAUACAUGGAUGAAUCAAGUGGAGAAGCAGAGCAAGAGAAUUUGGAGAAUGGGUUUGGAGAAUGGAGAUGUCAUGAAUCAGCCAAUCAGGGACAAUGGAAAGUUGUUAGACAGGGAGUUUUUUGAAGAUGUAUCAAACGUCGCUGUUCAGCAUGUCUUUCUCGAGCAAACAACCAUGCCCUCUAAUAUGAAGGUGCUCGAGAAAUUAACUGAAAAGAACACUCAGCUUUUGGAUAUUGCUCAAAGAGCACAAGAGCAACAAUGCAGACACCACGAAAUAGAUAGAGCAAAGGAAGAAUUGCGCAUGAAAAAUAUGGAAAUUUUGCAACUUCAUGCUCUUUUAACUGAGACGGAACAAUUACUGUCAAAUGGCCUAUUUCAAGCUAGAAAAAAAUGCUCGGCUAUGCAAACUGCCGCAAAAAACAAAAUUAUUUCUGAGGAUUUGAUAAAAUAUGCUCACAGAAUAAGCAGUAGUUGCGCCAUCGAAGCCCCAUCAAAGUGGAGGUCAGGUGAUGCCAGACGACCUUAUCCACUCGACAUUGAAAUGCGCUCUGGGCUCCUGGGAAAAAUGCAAGAGCGGCAGAUGGACCCCACACAACAGGCGAAGCCGAGUUAUGUUUUAAUUACAGAUUCGCCACUUCACAAUGGUAAUAAAGAAGGGCAUGCUCAAAAAAAUCAGAAAUCUGAAUCUAUGGCAUUAAAUUGGCGCUCCGUCUUGAAUUCUGCUGAAAUCAUGCAGGUUGACACCAAUGCCCAAUCGGAUAUAAAAAUUGAAUUUUCUGAUGGGUUGAUAGAAGAAGAGCGAGACGUGGAACAGAUGAGUACAUCUUCAUCGUCGACGUCUAGCGACAGUCCUUAAAUAAAUUAGAUUGAACUAUUAAAAUAUUAUCAACUUAGUACUUUUUGCUUGUUGUAUGACACGUAUUUUUGUUAUGUUCCAGUGAAUCAAUUACUUACGUGAGUUCUAUUUGCUUUUUGUGUAAAGCUCCCAAAA